CGGCCAUCGUACUGGCGCGCGCCUACCACUUAAUUAAGAGUCUGCAGUUCCACAGGUAACCACAAGUUCCCCCACUCAACAUCUCCUACCGCACGACUCUUCAUAUCGUGAAAGCAGCUUCCCAAGGCGAUAAUUCUCGAGAACUGUCGAGUACGGUUAUCUAUUUCGUCCACCCAAUCAUCAGCAACAAUGUCUCGUACCUUACUCGGCAAGCGGACGAGGCCUGUCCAGCAUCAAGACGAAUCCCAGCUUCCCGCCAAGCGCACCAGGCGACAAACCCGAGCCGCCCUGGACAACGACGAGAACGCAGAUCCCGACGCAACAGCCACGCUCGAGCUCGACUGCCAGCUUGACAAUGAGGACGCAUAUGCCGAACCGACCUCGAAAAGAACUAAGCAUUCCCGCUCACAUAGCUUCUUGAAGACGACCCCAAUCACGCCUCAAACACCACGACACCGAGACGUCUUCGCCGAAUCGCCCUCUACGCCGCGGCAGGUUGUCAAGUCCGCCGGAAGACUCUUCCAGAGGUUGACGCCCCAGUCUCCUCUCACGCCUGGUUCUCUUCAGACCGUCUACCACUCUGCCCGACAGCUUUUUGCCCGGGGUGCUGACCCAGGCCAACUUGUGGGACGCGAGAAGGAGCGAGAGCAAUUGACUCGAUUCGUCCAGCGAUGCUCUUCGUCAACACCGAGUGGGUGCCUCUACGUCAGCGGCCCUCCUGGGACGGGAAAAAGUGCAAUGGUCAAGGAGAUCACAGAGCAGUUGAUAGAAUCGACCACGGUUCGACAAGCGUACGUCAAUUGCAUGAGUAUCAAGUCUUCCAAGGACCUGUACAGCACCCUGCUGGAGCUCUUGGGUUACAACGGCGAUCUCUCGGAAGCCGUGGCCAUGGAAGAGCUGCAGAACAUUUUUGUCACAAAGAAGAAAGACUCGCCUGUAUACCUGCUUGUUUUGGACGAGAUCGACCACAUCCUGACCAUGGGCUUGGAGAGCUUAUAUCGGUUGUUUGAGUGGUCUUUGCAGCAACCAUCACGAUUGGCCUUGAUCGGCAUUGCGAACGCACUCGACCUCACCGACCGAUUUUUGCCCCGGCUCAAAUCCAAGAACCUCAAGCCGGAGCUUCUCCCAUUUCAUCCGUACUCGGCCGCCCAAAUUAAGAGCAUCAUCACUACGCGUCUGAUGACUCUGAUGCCGGUCGACAGCAAGGAGAAAACACUCCCCUUUUUCCACCCCGCGGCCAUUGAACUCUGCUCGCGAAAGGUGUCGAGUCAGACGGGGGACUUAAGAAAAGCCUUCGAGGUCUGCCGACGCGCGCUAGACGUGGUCGAGUCAGAGACCCGGCGGCAACACGAAAACGAGGCAAGGGAGAAGGUUCUGCAGAUGACACCGUCCCGGAAGCCUCUUGGUGAAAAGGCCAACAUGGCCGGCUCUAGUGGGUCCUCCAGAAGCGUCUCUCACGUCGCAGCGGCGUCUCUCAAGACGUUGACGGCCGAGAGUGCCCCGCGAGUUCUCCUGAAGCACCUGAACCAAGUCACACAAGCAGCAUUCAGCAAUGGAACCAACCAGCGACUGAAAGCCCUCAACCUACAGCAAAAGGCAGCACUUUGCUCAUUGGUUGCCCUUGAGAAGCGCAACCGAGCGGCAAAGAUGGCCACUGGCCUGAGUACACCCACCAAGUCGCAGACAAUGGCACCUACAGUAAAAACUUUGUACGAGACGUAUUCUGUCCUUUGCACACGAGACUCGGUUCUACACCCGCUGUCAAGCUCAGAGUUUCGAGAGGUCAUCGGAAGUCUGGAGACUCUAGGUCUUAUCAACCCUGUCGAUGGGAAGACUGGCAGUCUCGUGAUGACACAGACACCGAGCAAGAGAGGACGAAAGCCUGCGCUCCCCACAGGGGAAGACAAGCGAGUGGCCAGCUGUGUUGGCGAGAAGGAAAUGGAGAAAAUUGCCGAGGGCGUCGGAGCUGGCAUUUUGUCGAGCAUCCUCAGCGGCGAGGCGUUGGAUUGAUUUAUUAGACUAGAGCAUGAACAGCACCGGGAGUUCUUGGGGGUGCAUUUGGCAUUUGGCAUGCUAUCGGAGUCCGGAAAAGCAUGGCACGUGGCGAUCUGUUGCGGAUCGGUGGCCACGAUCGGUAAGGAAUUGUAUUGUGAGACCUGUCUGAAUAUAGACGGAUAGGUCGGUCAUUGGAAGCACCGGGGACUUAGUUGGAGACGGAGGGGAGGCAGCCGACAUGGGAGGUGCCCGAACAAAGGGCAUCGAUGCGGCGUGAGGAAACUAUUAGAGACGAGACGGUAAUAGCAUGAUACCAGACGAUUAAAACAGAAUAAUGCUUGUUGGGGCAGGUAGAUGUGACGAGAUACAAAUGUCCGGCGCGUGAACUGAGUACGAUUAUGAGGCGAAACGGGGAUGAGGUGCCGGGGACUCGGAUGGAUAGAAGGAGGGACGGGCACGCGCGUGUGUGACUGGAGGAAUACUUUGGACAUUGCUGUAUCUCGGCCGGAGAACAAAGUGUUUCUAUCCCUCUGCCAAGAAAGUCUUUAUGUUACAACCCAGAUUGGGAUGAGAUCUGCUACCGCCAACGGUGUAACACUUUGUGGCUCUCACUCACACGACACCGCCGCCUCACCUGGCCUUUUGGUCUUGGCUUGCGUGUUUGGCCGACGACAGGGUUACGAAGGAGGAUUACCUGGGGCUCAUGUUGCCCAAACCACCUUGCGAUCUCGACUGUCGGAAACCGAGGUGAGAUUCGGCCACGUUUUUAUCGCCUCAUCAGUCUCUCACAAGUCUCUCACAAGCCUUCGUUGCAUUGGUGGAUCAGGCAGACAGGGGCAGAGACAGACACUCAACAGUGUAUCUGUAUGCUGUGGUUUUUAACGAGGGCGGAGGGGGGAGGAUGGAGGAAUCGGUAAGUAAAGAACUUUUCCACACUUGGUCCCGUUGUGGAAUCGGCGUUCCCAGACCUGUUGGACUGGACUUGAGGUGGCCGGAACGCACCAUUUUUGGGCCACUAGCUGCACUACCUCCACACCGUCGGGAGACUGUACAAGUGAUUGGCCCACCAUCU